CCACUUUAGAAGACGUGAGUCUUGGCCAUGAACUACUAUUAGUAAGUGCAAGUCAGAGGAGAAAAUCACGUGCCUAGAAAACCCUUUCUGCCUGGCCUCCUAUCAAACACAGUAGGCUAAAUUAGCAAUAGUCAAACUCUUAAAAUUUCUGUAAUACGUUUUUAUUAUUUUUUCACUAUCAUAUCCAGGAUUCCUGCGUCGCAGCCAGUUAUUGUUGUUAUUGAGCAUGUGGGACUGUCUGUUCCUGUAGAGGCGGUUAGUAAUGAGUGGGCUGUUCCUGUCGGUAUUUGCACAGUUAGAGCGUAGGCUUGCUCGCGCACGCUAGCCCACGCACCCGCGCGAGGAGCCUCAGGUGGCAGCGGCGUGCAGGACCUGUGCUGUGUGAAACGGGAUGAAUUUCUCCGCGCUGUGUAAACUCCGCUGGGGAGCAGGGAGAGUGAGAGUGUAUCGGGCUGUGUCGGAAUAGCUCGCUUUACCAUGUAGUCCAGUUGCAGACGUUCUCAGCCAAAAAGUGUUUGAUCUCGAAUCCGUGUAAAAAAAAAAUGCAUCUCUUUCGGAGUUACAAUUACCAAGUGUUUCCUGAUCGCUAUUCUGUGGAGAAAGCGGCUAUCAGGGGCAUCAGCUGGACACCACUGCCUGAGGCCUUGGACACACAGGACCCUAUAAAGCAGUUUUUGUCUGAUCGGAUCUUAAAGGCAGCUCGGGUGGUGUACAGUACACUGAUGGAAAGAAAUCCAGGUCUAAUCAGAGACAGGAAACAUCACCUUAAGACCUACAGACAGUGUUGCAGUGGGAAGGAGCUUGUUGACUGGCUGAUGAAGCUGAAUGACUGUUCCCAGUCCCGGAGUCAGGCAGUUGGCAUGUGGCAGGUGUUAGUGGAUGAGGGCAUUAUUGUAAAUGUGAAGCAAGAGUUGAACUUCCAUGACAAAGACACACAGUUUUACCGAUUUAUGGAGACAGAGUUUGAUCUGAAUAACACAACCAGUGAAAAGGACUCAAAAGAAGAAGAGCUUCAAGAAGGUCUAUCACUCUUGGUCCAGAUGGGCCCUGAUGCUCUUCUGAAUAUGAAACUCCGCAAAUGUCCAAGCCAAAGAUCAGCUGAGGAUGUGGAAGUCAUCUAUGAGGAGCUGUUGCAUGUCAAGGCUGUCGCCCAUCUGUCUACUUCUGUGCGCAAAGAGCUGGCCGCAGUGCUUGUGUUUGAGUCCUAUGCCAAGGCAGGCACAGUGUUGUUCAGCCAGGGAGACAAAGGCACAUCCUGGUACAUCAUCUGGAAGGGGUCUGUUAAUGUUAUCACACAUGGCAAGGGCUUGGUGACCACCCUGCAUGAAGGAGAUGACUUUGGCCAGCUUGCUUUGGUGAAUGAUGCUCCUCGUGCUGCCACCAUCAUAUUGAGGGAAGACAACUGUCAAUUUCUUAGAGUAGACAAGCAAGAUUUUAUUCGAAUACUCAAGGACGUGGAGGCAAAUACAGUACGUUUGGAGGAACACGGGAAAGUCGUCCUUGUCCUCGAGAAAAGCUCAGGCCAAGGGGCACCCCAUCAGGGAGGAAGCAGCAACAAGUAUACAGUGAUGUCAGGAACACCAGAGAAGAUUCUUGAACAUGUCCUGGAGACAAUUAAACUGGAUGCCAAUGGCUGUGUUCCCAUAGAUCCCUGUGUUAGUGACUUCCUUCUAACACACCAAGUAUUCAUGCCCUCUUCACAGCUCUGCCCUGCCCUUCAGCAUCACUACCACACUGAGUCAUCUGAAGGCUCUGAGUUGGAAAAAGCAGCUUAUGCUCUCAACACCAAGCAAAAAAUUGUGAAACUAGUGAGCCAGUGGGUGGCACUCUGUGGCUCACAGCUGAAGGAAGACCCUGUGGCCUCCCACUUCCUGGAGAAACUGAAAGAAGAGGUGAUGGAUGACACAAGACUCUCAAGCAUGCUUAAAGAACAGCUGAAGGAUAGGAGAAAAACCCGAGUGCCAGAGAAUGGAUGCCAAACCCUUACGAAGUUGAAUCAAAAAUUUGAUUGGUUUGCCACUUAUGAGGAGCCUUUUGGGAAGUGCCAUACAAUCAGAGCUCAAGACAAAGUCUUGUAUGAGAUUUUCAAACCUGAACACAAUGUUCUGACGCUGAUGCUGCCUGUGAACUGCUCAGUCCAGGGCAUUAUGGAUGUUUUGGUGGAUCCAGGUGAAGACCAUGUGGUGGUCAAAAUGAACUCUUCAGGAGAGAGAGUUCCGCUCAAGCUGGAUGCUACAGCCGUUUUCACAUCUCUGGGGCUGAACGAGAGGCUCUUCUUGUGCACUGCAUCUCAGGUGGAGCAACUGACCCCUCUGAAAGAGCAGCUUGGUCCAGAGCAGAGCACUGUUGACUUCCUGGAGCAGAUGUGCUCUAAGGACAUCGCCAGCCACCUCACCAACUACGACUGGGAACUCUUCAUGGCCAUGCAUGAAGCAGAGCUUGUCUACUAUGUUUUUGGGCGGCACAAAUUCCCAGGAGCCACCACAGCUAAUCUGGAGCAAUUUGUGCGACAUUUCAAUGAAGUGCAGUACUGGGUGGUGACUGAACUCUGCUUGUGUGAGGACCUAAUGAAAAGAUCCAUGUUGCUCAAGAAGUUCAUUAAAAUAGCAAUUGUGUUGAAGGAGCAGAAAAACCUGAACUCAUUCUUUGCAGUGAUGUUUGGCCUGAGUAACAGUGCAGUGCAGAGGCUCUAUAAAACAUGGGAGAGAUUGCCAAGCAAAACCAAAAGGAUCUACUGUGCUUAUGAGAGACUACUGGAUCCAUCCCACAAUCACCGAGCGUACAGACUAGCUGUGGCCAAACUCAACCCACCAUACAUUCCCUUCAUGCCUCUGCUACUGAAAGACAUGACAUUUAUCCAUGAGGGCAACAGGAAUUACACUGAUAAUCUGGUCAACUUUGAGAAAAUGCGGAUGAUUGCCAAGACAGUGAAGAUAGUUCGGGAUUGUAGAAGCCAACCUUAUGUGCCUUCAUCCCCCCAGAAGGGCUUCACAGAAAGAAUGUUCUUGGAGUCUCCUGCUAUACGAGUAUCUACUUAUUCUGAGCAGUCGCUGACUUUACGUAGUGUCACCAGCAUAAGACACUACAUCCAGAACCUUAACGUCAUUGAUAAUCAGAAGAAACUGACACAGCUUUCCAGAGUCAUAGAGCAUUAAAUCAUUCACACUCACAUGUGCUGUUCCUUUCAAAAGUCCAGCUCCAUACUGGAGGAGGAAAUCACUUCGAGUUUUUGGCCUGUAGAGGAUAUCCAUGACGAUCUGAAUUGGGAUUGAUGAUUGGAGGUGACUCUUUAUAAAGGCAUUCUCAGAUCAAUGCAUCAGUGCAGAGCUAUCCACUAAUACCUUACAAGUAGUGCCCUCUUUGAAGAACUGUACUCCUUGUGUAUUUUAUAUAUCUGCACUCUUAAACCUUUUGUACCAAUUAGCUGUUAUAAGGAUGGCAUAUUAUGCUGAAACUCCAUAAAGGUUAACCUUAGUAACAUCUUUGAAAGAAGAUAUUAGAGGUCAAUAGAUUGUACAGGCUUUGUCAAUUACUAGCCUAUUUCAGAUGUAUUUCAGGUAAAAUGUGUACAUUUUAUUUUUGCUAAAUAAAUUAUUGAAGUACUGUUUGUAUGAAUGGUUACUUGAUGUCAACACAAAUUUAAACAAAUUUACAAGCACAAGAAACACACUAAGUCAUAAAAAUUGAAAGAUUUAUUUGAAAUGCAAAUUGUAAAAUACCAUACAAAUAAUUAAUCACUUUAACAUCCCUCCAAUUAUCCCCAAUAUGGGGUGAUGUAAUUUUAUGUCAGAUAAGAGUUUUAGUUUAAAAAAAAAAAAUCUCCUUGCCAAAUCAUAUUUACAACUUAAUAAAACAAAAAAGAAACGAUGUG